ACUCACACUGAGAGGAGAGAGGAGCCAGAGGAGAGGAGCAAUGAUGAACUCCAGUAGCACCACAAUUUAGCCAAAGUCUGCAAAGUUCAAAGGGCAUUGCCUAGGAUACACUGAUAACGAAGAAGGACAUAGGAAAGAGCCAAGGAAACGGAAAUAGUGUGUGUUUUGCCUAAGGGGGAAGCUUGCACACAUAUAUACAGACCUAUCUCCCAACGCACACACGGUGAACCGGCAAGCCAUCGGAGCGGUUUCCCUGACAACUAGAAUGGGCUGCAAUUUGUGCACCUUGCAGAAACGAGAGGAGCACUACAAACUGCUGUAUGAGAUCGCUCAGGUGAACGGCCGUGACUUUUCCAAGGUUGACCAUGAGGGGGCGGUGGUGGAGGCCCUCAGGAGAGACCCUAUUGUUGUACAGGUUUUGCGCCACACCCCUUCUCGCUCCUCUGUCCCCCUGUCCCGCUCGAGCUCCCCUCCGGACGUGUGCGUGGUGGACCGCUGCACACAGACGGACAUCACCUUCGAACACAUCAUGGCUCUGGCCAAGCUGAGGCCAGCCACCCCACCUGUCCCCGACAUCUGUCCAUUCCUGCUGUCUGACAGCUGCCAUUCAAUCCACACAAUGGAGCAUGAGUUCUAUGAAUGUCCCGAAUACAUCUCCAGUACGCCAGCGGAUGGAGACCGAACUGAAGAAUACAUAUAUGAGGAGGUGGAGUUGUGUCGACAGAACAGUCUGGAGAAACUGGGGCUAACGCUGUGCUACCGGACAGACGACGAAGAAGACAUGGCCAUUUACGUCAGCCAGGUGGAGCCUCACAGUCUCGCUGCCAAAGACGGCCGUAUCAAAGAGGGAGAUCGGAUUGUACAGAUCAAUGGCUGUGAAGUGCACGACAGGGAAAAGGCAGUGGCUCUAUUGUCAAGUGAAGACACAAGGAGCGUCAUCUUACUGGUGACAAGGCCAGAGCUGCAGUUGGAGGAGGAGGUGUGGUUGGAUGACGACCAACAAGAACUGGUGGAGUUAAAGAUGGAGAUCCUGGAGCAGAGGAGAAAACACAGAGAACAGAAGUUUGACAGAAGAAAAGAGCUUCAACUUGAGGAGGGGAUGACUACAGACACCGCCACCUGUUCCUCCAACAACCAGGACAGCGGGUUUGGACACGGCACAGACAGUCCUGAUCACCAGCCUCUUUUGUCCAGAAUACAGAAAAAAAGUCCUGCUCAAUGUUUACGAGAGAGAUGGUUAGCAGAUCAUCCGCAUAACAAACCUCCAAAGACGCAAUCAAAAACACAAGACAAUGGCAACAGCCCGAUGCUAGGUUUGGAAAAUCGCUUCCAACAACUUUUAGAGCUGAAAUGCCAGAUUCGGAAUGGCGUGGAGUGUGGUGUGUAUUCAAUAAGACAUAGCAUCGAAUGUAGUCUGACGGAACAGAGCGCUGGCGACGAAGAGGGAGUGAACAGUGGAGAGAGUGAAGGAGGAGUUGAGCAUGAGCUAAGGAUGCUAAACGAGGAGCUAAGAAGUAUUGAGUUGGAGUGUCAGAGUAUAAUGCAAGCACACCAGCUACGUCAGUCCAGCCAACCCACACAAACGGCAUCACCAGGUCGAAAAAGCCCCAAGGACGGACUCAAGCGGCAUGGAAGAUUGGCGGACAUCCACGAACAUCCAGAAAGAUCCGAUAACGAGAGGAAAAAGGAUAGUUCCAGUGCCUAUAAUACAGCAGAAAGUGCAAGAUCAACACCUUUAGGAAUGGAAAAGUCACCGGACCAUUCCUUACAAAGACAGGUCAGCCUCACAAACCAGAAAAACCUCAGUUCAUCAACAUCAUCAAGCCCCAUUCCCAUUUCCAAAUUCCAUGGAACGCCUAGUCGCAGUAAAUCAGCGAAUCCAGGAACAGUUAUAUCCAGCAGUCCGGACCAAAGCAACCCAUCCAGAUCCGAGUCAGACCCAGCAUUACCUGCAGAUGAUGAGAGGUGUGAGAAGAAAGGGAGGAGAGAGAGGAGGGGCCUGCCUUAUUCAUCAGCAUAUCAGACCAGUCCGUAUCACUGUCAAGGAGGAUCCAGACAACUGCAGAGCUACAUGCAGCUGCUCCAACAGCACUCUUCCCUAGAGUACUCCCAGAGCCAGCUGAGUCUGCUGAGCCUGUGCAGAGAGCCAGGUCACCGCGGAGGUCGCCCUGGGGAACCCCGCCUGGAGUGGAAGGUCAAAGUUCGAGCCGAUGGGACACGAUACGUCGCCCGAAGACCUGCUCGCGACCGCAUUCUGAGAGAGAGGGCACUGCGGAUCAGAGAGGAGAGGAGCGGAGGCAUGACCACUGAUGACGAUGCCAUGAGUGAGAUGAAGAUGGGACGAUACUGGAGCAAAGAGGAGCGUAAGCAGCAUUUGGCCAGAGCGAGGGAGCAGAGAAAAAGGAGGGAGUUCAUGCAGAAGAGUCGGCUUGAGUGUCUGAGGGAGGGGCCUGGGAGCAGUGCCGAAGCCAAGAACCAAGUCAAUAUUUUGGAGCUCAGCCACAAGAAGAUGCUGAAGAAGCGAAACAAAAAGAUCUUGGAUAACUGGAUGACUAUUCAGGAGCUGAUGAGCCAUGGAGCCAGAGUGCAGGAGGACUCUAAAGUACAUAAUGCCUUCCUCUCAGUCACCACAGUGUAGCCUCUGCGCUCCCCAAAACCUCCAAACCGCCUUUCAAAAUGACAGUUAUCAACCGUUACUGCGAAAGUGUACUAUUUAAAGGUGCACUAUGUAACUUUUCCUGUGGAGGGUCCGCUACCUGCUUGUUUCUGUGGAGAUGUUACUGCUUUGCCAGUAAAUUUCCAGUCUAUGGCAUUCAAUGUAUCUAUUUUGCAUUUAUUUUGUGGCUUUAUUCCUCAAAAGUCAGUGGUCAUAUUUUUAUAUGGCGCUUUUCCACUCAUCCAUUCACAUACACAUUCAUACACCAGUGUCCACAGAUACUGAGGUGAGGUGGUUAAGUGUCUUGCCCAAGGACACAACAACAAUAUUCAUUAGUGGGAGCAGGAAUCGCACCACCACCCUUCGGAUCAGUGGACAAACACUCUAAUCUGAGCUGCUGUUUCCCCGAGUACCUUGAACAACAUUCAUUCUUACAGUGAGCAAGGUCGCCUCUUCACAGAUCUGACCAGAAUUUGACCUGGUGGCGUUACCUGCUUGUCUCCAGGGAGUUAGAUAAAUGUCAUACUGUGAACUAUUCCAGGCAAAAAAAAAAAAUGGCAUCUACAUGAAAAAGAGUAGAUGGGGUGCCAUCCAGCGGAAAGAUUACAUUGUACACCUUUAAUAUUAGACCUCAACUUUGUACACUGUGGAAUGACUUUUCUAAUUCACUGCUUUUUGACACUUUUGUAGCAUGUUGGUUCAAACGAAUGCAAUUCAAAAACCAACACAGUUAUGUAUGUGUGUAUUGUGUCAGCAUUUACUCCAUCAUACAGUAUGUUGUACUUGUUUCAUUGAUAUGAAGCAGCUUUUCUUGCCUCGUUCAAUGUGGCACUUUUUAUAUUGGGAAAAAUACAAUAUUUUUCACUCUUUGUACUUACAGUGAUGUUUUGUAAGGGCUUUUUUACUCUGAUUGUGAAUCUUCUGGGUGUACUAUCGAAUUUAAUUUCAACAAAUGUAUGUCUUGAGGUGAUUUUGACUCACCAAACUUUCAGACGCUUAGUAGCACUGAUUAUACAAAUGCAUACCCAAUGAAGCCUGUUCAUUUUAGGCUGGGUUUACAAUUUUCUUGCCAUAUGUAAAAUUAUAUCUCUGUAACACUUGAAUUUAUGUUAUGCUCUAUCUAAAUGUCCAAUGUCUUGUUUAUAUUCUAAUGUUAAAGACAUCUGUGUUCAUAAAGCUCAUUUUUAUUUAUUGUAAAUUCAAUUCUUCCUUGUUAUCUUCACUGAAAAUUCAGGCACUGUUUAAAUGUGUAAUAUAAUUGCUGCUUUAUCUCCAUAAAGACAUUGAAGAGGCCUUGUCUUCAGCAUUUGUCACUG